CUUUCUUCUCUUAAUACUGCUUUAUUUAUUACGAAAGAGACAAUCUUUGUAUUGCCCCUGUCAUCCUAUUUUCUUUAUCCGUUUUAAUUUAUUCACAGUUGUGCCAAAAUGUCUUGCUCUUUAACGUCAACCUCGUCCUCCUCUACAUCAUCACCACAGAACGAUACCCUUCAUGAAUCGUCGACGUCUGUUCAAAACGAAGUCCAACUAUCGCCAUCAAAAUCGAGUCGGUCUUCAAAUCACAUCCAUCCUCAUGAAGCCACCAAAUAUGAUCUUCAAGAUCUAGUUGAACAAUACAAGUCACAACCGGAAUUACUAAAACUCAUCCUCAUCAGUAAAGUUGAGGAAGACAAACGGCGAGCGGAAGAAGCGAAACUGCGUGCCAAAGAACUAGAUGUUUAUCUUCACCAGCAACGGCGGCAAGCAUUAAGCAGUUCUGAUGUGGAUUCUGAUAAAGAAUGGAUCAGUUCCAAAAGCAGAUCAAGUUUGAAAAUGAAAAGAAAACGACGUUCUCCUUGUUCUGUACGCAAUACAGGUGGUUUAGCGCCUUAUUCCACCCGCAGCAAAUCAUAUCCGCAAGAUGAGAACUACAUCCAGCAACAACGUCGUCACUCUGCAGCUGCUGCCAUGCUGGCCAUGGGUACACUCAGAAUUCCCCCUUCCUGCUCCGAAACCGCCAGCGAUACUGAUUCCGUUGGAUCCUCCACUUCCUCCCAAUCUCCGACCACACCAAGUUCUCAUAUGAGUCUUUCCGAUCCAUAUGGCUUCCCUGCACUGAAACCUGAUACCGAUGCAGCAGAAGACAAUGAUCACCACAAACCUCGCAGAAGAGAAAUGCAAGCCAUUACUAAAAUUGUAGAGACGCGCGAGUUUCCCUACAAUGACAAUUACUUUUGGAAAAAUAACGGCAAUACCACGCAAAAGAAGACUGGCUGCAAGAGUAUUUAUUACAAAUGCUCCAACAGUAACAAGGGCUGCCUAGUGAAUAAGACGGUUACUGCUAGACCAAAUGGCGAAUACCUAAUUAAAUAUCGGGGAUCUCACUUGCCGGAAUGCGGGCGAGUCGAGCGGGUUUGCGAUUUAUGACGGGGCGGAAAUUGGACAUGGUGCCUUGAUGGUUUAAAGUUUUUAGUGACCUUUUUUUUUUCUACACCUGUUUCGUGUUGCUCACAUGACGUCAAGUCAAAGAACCAUCAUCAGAAAUAAUAAACAGAAAAGAACAAUACAUUAUGUCUGUCGGAAAUAACUGUUAUUAUAACACUAGUGUCAUUAACC